AAUGUCAUCAGCUCGACCAAUGGCUCCACCACCACCAGCUCCAAAGCCAGGACGAGUGAAAGUUUAUCGAGCACUUUAUGAUUUUCAAGCCAGAUCUGCUCAAGAGCUGACAUUCAGUGAAGGAGAUCUAAUGUACGUCAGCGACGAGCAGCCGAACAAAGAUUGGUUCCAAGCAAGCAUCGGAGGCAAAAAAGGAUUGGUUCCAGCUAAUUAUGUGAUCAGUGAGAAUGUGGAAGAGCUCCCGAAUCCCCUACAUGAAGCUGCUCGACGUGGAAAUAUGGAUAUGCUGGCUGAAUGUCUUCGAGAGCGGGUAUCCGUCAACUCCCUCGAUAAGUCCGGAGCUACACCACUUUACUGGGCUUCACAUGGUGGACACGCGCCAGCAGUGGAUACGUUGUUGAAGGAUCCAAAAGUUGCAGUUUCGGUUCAGAACAAACUCGGUGAUACGCCUCUUCAUGCAGCGGCCUACAAAGGCCACGUGGAAUGUGUGAGACUUCUUCUCGCUUCGUCAGCCAAUCCAUUUGUAAGGAAUCAAGAUCAAAAGCUGCCGAGUGAUGUGACAAAAGAUGCUGAUAUCGCUGCUCUUCUAGACAAAGCAAUGAAAGAGGAUCGUGUGAAUGAAGAAGAGUAUGCUGAAUAUUUGUCAGACUCGGAUGCUGAUUAAGACUAUUAAAUUUGCAAUAUUUAUUCCUUUUGACAUCUUGUAAUUAUUUCUCAAACACUUGUCGAUAUUUAUUGAAACUUUGCCCAACCUGUGAUAAACUUUUUUUUCCC